AUGAGUUCUUCAUAUUAUGUGAAUGCUCUUUUCAGCAAAUAUACGGCUGGGGCUUCUCUCUUCCAAAACACAGAGGCCACUUCUUGUUCCUUUGCUACCAACUCCCAGAGAAGCAGCUAUGGAGCCGGCACCGGUGCCUUUCCGCCAUCAAUGCCCAGUCUGUACAAUGUGAACAGUGCUCUCUAUCAGAACCCUUUUUCUGGAUACAGCCUGGGCUCAGAAGCUUACAACCUGCACUGCUCGUUUGAUCAGAACAUUCCGGUGCUCUGCAAUGACCUGGCCAAAGCCAGCUGUGACAAGGCGGAGGACUCUACCCUGCACUCCCAGGCUGACAGUAAUUUCCGCAUUUACCCGUGGAUGAGGUCUUCAGGGCCCGACAGGAAGAGGGGUCGGCAGACUUACACUCGUUACCAGACCCUGGAGCUGGAGAAAGAAUUCCACUUUAACCGCUACCUAACCCGGAGGAGGAGGAUAGAGAUCGCCCAUGCUUUGUGUCUGACAGAGAGGCAGAUCAAAAUCUGGUUCCAGAACCGCAGGAUGAAAUGGAAAAAGGAACAUAAAGAGGAGAACAGCGGUACCUCUGAUGCUGGGGAGCAGACCCCUGCACUACUACUACUACUACGACUACUACUACUACUACUACUACAGCUGAUGAGGACAAGGGGAAAGAGGGAGAAU